UGUCAACACAUCUCCUCCUCAACCUGCUAAAGCUUCAGACUGCAACGGUCGUCGCAGCACGGUGGGUCGGGGCAGUAAUUACUAGUGCUGGGGCAUAAAAGUUCACAAGAAUUGGGUUGAGUGCGGAUGUAGGAAACUAAGCGCUAGGUUAAGGAGUGAAGGUGCUGCUCCGAACGAUUACUGUGCCCUACUGAUCAAAGCGACCAAACAGAUAAGCCCGAGGAUUGUCGAUCUAAUAUCUCUGCUGUUGGCAGUCAGCAGCUAGGAUCAAGCAGUUCCGUGAAACUUCGGUAGCAAAAAGACUACCGAGGAAUGGCAUUCCUCUAAGCUUCGGCGAUCCAACUGCCACCGUGAUGAUGUCUCAACACCGACCAAACAGGGAUCCCAGCUAAGGCCGCUACUUCCGUGGGAGGUGUGACGCCUUAACGCAGGAGCUCCGGGGUUACAAUUCCGCUCAAAAUCGAGCUUAGCCAGAAUGAGGAUCUCAUACAGCCCUCUCAAGGAACACUAACAAAGCCAAGUGCUCGAACAGAUUCUUCGAAUAAACGGCGCACGCCAUAGACAGACGCCAGGAGCGUUGGGUACGCAGCUCCAGUGACAAGAAUCAAAAGCCGAUCUCGUAAAGGGAAUUGCCGGUUGUAUUGGUGUGGGAGAGCUAGGGGCCCCCGAUAAUAGCGCUAUGGUGCAGUGGGCUAAUAAGGGUCUCUACCAGUUGAGGGCCGAUCGGAUCCUUCCUCCUUGGGAAUCAGAAGAACCGCACUGCACACGACACGUUUCCCGCUGUUCCCGUCUUCGUGGCCCUGCAAGCUUCAAAAGUUGGCGCUCUCCUUUGGCGUGCAUCGACGUGGAAACGCCUCGCACUUGGCCUUGGCUAGUUUGUGUCAGACAGAUCGAGAUUUUGGCAGAGAAUCUCACGUUAUCAACCACCGCUCUCCAGUUUUCUGGGUGCGAGUUGGGUGUCCCGAGAUCGUGUUCUUGGGUUGGAAUCGACGUCAGCAGCGCUGCUAGGAGACAUCUUCCGAGCUUUGGGACCAGCGAUAGAGUUCAGGGGUCAACUCGACCAGUCACAUCAUCACAUCGCCAGCUGGCUCCUAAACAGCGCCAGAUCGACCGGCUGCAUUCCUGUCAUGGCUUGUCCACCGCACAGGUUCGUUCUGCUCAACCCAGCUCGUUGUCAUUUCUUCGAUAUUAGACUUUCGUUGUUGGACCCUUAUUACUUCUCCAUCAUUACCGUAAAUCCAAACACCCAACCAAAGACUUCCUGACAAUGAUUGUCAUGGCCCACUGGACCCUGGAUCAGCAACACUUCAUCCCGUGAUCGAGCUGGCAACAUUGGCAACAUGAAUCUGUGUUUUCGACAUGAUCCGUAGGUACCUAGCAACUGAACAAGGGCUGAGGUAGGUAGGUUGCAUCUACAAUGUACCUUGUGGGACGGCCUGGAAGUUGCUUGCAGAGAAGUAAUUUUCAGGCACUCUACAAUGUAGGGAGCAAGCUGUCUCCUGCGGCUGUGGGCUACAAUAUAUACCCAAGGUACAAAUGUACUGCAACCUGGUUUCAACAGCCUCGCCAUCCACUAAAGGCUGGUAUUCCACAUGGAAGCGAGCCCCGCCGUCUAUCACCAGAGUACCUCGAGAUGCAGGUACGAUUUACGGAUGAACAACUCUCCCUCUAUGCCGAACAACUCUACUAUCUGAAUGACCUUUUACCAAGUUAAGGGAGAAUGAUGAGGCUACGGGCGGCUGGAGCCAGUGGGUAACUCGUACAGCUCGGUUACGCGGUUGAAAACCUAGGAUUGGAUCCUAACCAUCUUAACUGCUAAAAUCUGGCAGGCCCAUCAAUGAGUCCCCGGCCUAACCAAAACAGCCUCAACAGGUAUAGGCCAUCGGUCCCUGGUCCAACCCCAAUUCCUUGUCCGAGAACCCACGUCUGAUUCCUUCCCUUAUUAUUAGCGAAUGACGGUGGACCAGGCGCGCGGCGACGCUCCUUGCAUCACCUUACAGUCCGUGUCUCCACGUCCACACUGACACCUGACUUGGCUCUUUUUCCUAACCUCACUUCUCGUCUGGCCUUGAACAGCCUAUAGACUUACUUCACCGGCCAUUUCUCGAGCAUUUUCCCAUCUUUUCCGUACACAGGCGCUUGCCGCCCUUUUCAUUGUCUGAUCAAUUGUCGAAUUUGGCGAGCGGUGGCUUUGUUUGAAGACCUAUUUGCGGCGCAAGUUAUCGAUCUGUACCUCAAACCGAUCCGCUCGACGCGUGAUCGGGGUGUCUUAUCGAAAAAAAAACUCGCAUAAUUCUCUGCUACGAUCCCGGUCUUUCAUCUGAUCACCCACAUCAUCCCCAGUCAUAAGCACUUUGAGCUGCAUCGCUCCCUGUGCCUUCGCAGAGCUUCCAGGGGCAUUGCGCCUCAUUCGCCUAACCCCACCAUUACCCGCUGUGUGGCCCUAAGGUCGAAGCAGAUCUUGGAGACCCUGAUUCUCAUUGAACAGUGGUGAUCGACUCCAGCGAGCAGAUUCCAAGAAGCUCUUCUACUAUUCCCGAAGACCUUCUGCACUGGUCAUCACCUGUUGGAGCCGUGCUGUGCAAAAAGGUGUCGACUCAUUGCAGUAUCCGGUUAACCUUUCAUCUUUGGGAAAUUCGGCCUGUGGCUGGUGAUAUCGCCAAGCUAUUGUACACGACCACGACAACAAUCAGGAUUAUUGUGCCAAUAACCCAAGGACUACCCUUCGAAUGCUUGCUUAACCUAGGCUGGUCACGUCAGUGUCUCUUACUCCCACAUGCGACAACGAUCAGCCUGCUUUGUUAUCGAUCGUAUACCUUGCGUGGCAGAUCGCCCUGACUGAUUGUCGCUUCACCGCUUGAGACAUUAUCCACGACUCGGUCACGCUCAAUUAUCGAUGAUAAACCUGGUGCGCUUGAAUGACCGAUCUCGCCCCCCAUCUCGAGCGUCUUGGCCUUGAGCAGUACCUCGAUGCCUUUGUCGGCGAGGGCUUUGACACUUGGGAGACAUUGACAGAUAUUCAAGAGAGUGACUUCGAUGCCCUCAACAUCAAACUUGGCCAUCGUCGGAAACUCCAGCGUGCUAUCGCUGAAUACCGAGGCAUCUCUUACGAACGUCUGAUCGGGUCUCCGGCCCAGGAAGCGCCCGUGGACAGUGUCAGAGCUCUUGAGAGCAAUACGACUCCUUCAGCUGGGCCAGACCGAAACCCGGGACCUCCUGCCGAAACCAAAAGGAAGUAUAGACGUCACCCUAAGCCCGAUGAGAACGCGCCCGAGCGUCCGCCUUCUGCCUAUGUGAUCUUUUCAAACAAGGUACGCGAAGAGGUGAAAGAUCAAAACCUGUCUUUCACGCAGAUAGCCAAGCUCGUGGGCGACCGAUGGCAGAAGUUGGACCCCGCCGGCAAGGAACCAUUCGAGACCCAGGCGAAUGCGGCCAAAGAAAGAUACAAUAUCCAGUUAUCAACAUAUCGGAAGACCGAGGCAUAUAAGGAAUAUAUGCAAUAUCUUGCAGACUUCAAGAGCAAGCAUGGGCAGACAUCUGAGCCGAAGAGACCCAAACUCGAUCCAGAGUCUAGCGGGAGCAUCAUCUCUACAAAGUCACUUGAGACGAACCCGGAGGUCGCUUCACAACUUACUGGCCAUGUGAGAGGAGGCUCCACAGGUUCUGUGGCAUCGUCGCCUUUCAUCAGCGGUAGCAUGCAGCCGACACCUUCUGGAGGUUCGCUCCCUGCACGUCCACCGCUGCCUUCUUCUCGCAGCGGCUCACCUCCGUCGCUUCAGCAGACUCGAGAUUACUUCCGUCCGGGCUUGCCCUCGCGGCAUAGCUCUGUCUCUGACGAAUCUUCCACAGUGCGGAGCGAUCUGCCAGAACCUUUGAUGCGGACAGCAACCUUGUCGUUAGGGGUUAGUCCGUCAUCCGGGACACCACCUCUUCAGCCGCAGGGCCCAAGCGCUUUGGGUCUAGAUCCUACGGGGUCGCCAGAUCAGCACGUGCGAUCAAAAUAUCCGCAUGGCGUGCAUUCCCAGUACCCUCCUGCGCAACAGCAGCAGCAUCAUCCCCUUGCACACCAGCAGUCGCAUCCCGGUCCUCCUCCGGUGCCUGGAGUCGGAAGCGGCCAGCCGGCAUCGGCCGCCUCAUUUCCACCUAUCUUUCCAUCGCCCACCGUGCAAGACAGACCGUUGGGAGGCCGCCCCGCUGACAUCCGCGGAUACCCCCAAAACGCAGGAGGUAUGCAGUCCACUAUGUCUUAUGGCCCGUAUGGAACACAACCCACGCCUCCUUCCCAGUUUCCGCCUUUCCUUUCACAUGAUCGGCUUCCCGAGUACACGCACGGGGCUUCAUCAAGGACACUUCCCCUGCCUCGGCCUCAGUCUGGAGCAAAUCCUAACGCACAUACCCAUAAUUCACCCAUGAUGACCAGCACGCUGGGCUUCCGGCGACCAGGAGCAGAGGAGAACAGACCCGUGCUGGAACGCUCUGAGAGCGAUGCAGCCAGCACGCUAGCUGGGUUGGCGGGGACGCCUGUAUCCCGUCCUGAAGUGACGAGACCUUACACCUAUCCACCACCUCGACGGUCCGCGCCUUAGCCACGGCAGGGCCUUCGUGUGAGAUGACUGCUAUAUGAUGACACGAAAAGACAUAAACUCUAAAAAGGUGCUAUAUUUUCAUUGAAGACCUAAAUCAUUUACAGAAGUUAUAGUCAAGAUGUGCCAUUUUGUUUCUUUGCACGGCACCAUUCAAUACCAUAAAUUCAAACAAACUCGCCCUUGAUCAGACAGUCUCCCCUGACGUGCCUUAUCACCUUGCACAUAGAGACCCGGCGUAUGCCUGGCCGUCAUUGGGGGCUUAGAUUCGCACCUAGCAGCUCGUCGCUACAACCUUCUCGCCACCGUAUAAGCAAGGCUGCAACCAGCCCACAGCCACCAGGGCAUCGUAUCAGCCCACCAUAGCAGAUCCC